AUGUCGACAAGUAAGAAACUUUCUCGAGAACAAAAGGGGAAGAUGCGCGCGGCUUCGUCGGGAUCUGGUGACGACUUAGAGACGGUCCAUGGCUCUGAGGGAAGCCAAGAGGCGGUUCAUCGCGAACCGAUGAUGGAUACAGAGAACUUGAGUCGUGCGCAGCGCGUCUUGAUUUCGGAAUCGAGGGUGCAAUCGCGGAAGGACGAUGCCGGUCGCGAUCAUAUCGACGAUCAGAUGAUCCCGAUAAGCUUUUAUCCGGGGAACAUCUUCGAGAAGCAACCUCCGCUUGAUCGGGAGCGCGUACGUCCUUCAGUCGUCGGAGGCCAGGACUGGCGGGGUGUCGAGAAGACGAGAUCGACCGUCGAGUCGGUGACAAGACUUCUACGGGCUCGCGACGCAGCGGGGGUUACGUUUAUAAUCCCAAAGAGCGACCAACGGCCUUGGUCUCCCCCGAAAGGCUACCAAUGUGUCUACGAGUCGUACUUUGAGGGCGACACGAAGCUAUGGUUUCCGAUUCCUCGAAUCAUCACCGCGUUUACGAUGCGACGAGGAGCCGCUCUUAGUCAAUUUCUGAAUGGUGCGUGGCGGCUGGCCGUCGCACUGACGAUUAUCGGAGCGGAAGCCGGUGUUCCUCUCAGUGUUCGAGCUUUCGAGGAAUUAGUGUCGGCGAAGAUAAAGGGCAGAUUGAUUUCGUUGAAGAUCCGUCCCAACUAUAAUGUGGUGACCGGCUACCCCAAUAAGACGAACAACUGGCAGCGUUCCUACUUUUACGUCAAAUCUGACAGGGCUGCGUUCGAAGAACCGCUGAAGACCGGCUACCGUGUUUUAUGGAACCGAGAGAUGGUGGCUCUUCCGAACACCGCAGAGUACGAGGAGGAUUUUUUGGAGAGCGCGCGUCUGAUCGCAUCGCAGAAACAGGCCCAUUGGAAUAAUUUCUCCUAUCAGAGGAUUAGUCGAUCGAUCGGGUGGAUUAGUCAGCAGGUUUGGCGUUCGGAUACAAUCCCUAUAAUCGCGAAUAAGACGAAGAGGCUCAAUUUAUUCAAUUCAGCCGAGCAAAGGGAAGUAAAUCGAGCAAGAGCGAUGAGGACUUUGCCGAAUUUGAGUCUGGUGGUCGCGAGGAAAGCCGGCUUCGCGAAGAAGCCGCAGCCUGAUACUGCAGCUUCGCCCGAUUUCGGAGAUCCGAACGUGACUGAGUCCGAUGUUGAGGCUCGGCUGGUGAGGAAGACGAACCGAAAAAGACAGCGAGAGGGAGAGAACGCGGCUGCCGAAGAGGCCAACGUUGGUACUGCCUCUCCCCAAGGACACUCUGGGCCAGAGAGGGAAAAGAAGAAGGCGAGGGGUGAUCCUUCUGCGAUUCGGUCCUCGUCUGUCGAGGAAGGCGAGCUCAAGGACCUGGAGCCGGGUGGCGGCUCCAAAGAUGAGGUGGUUCCCGAGUCGCUGCCCACUGGUAGCCGUGACGAAGAUCCGCCGGUAACUUCGUCAAAGGCUGAGAAGAAAAAGAAGAAGAAUAAGAAGAAGAGGAACGCUGAAGUGAUUCCUCGAGGUUCUUCCGAAGAGCUGGACGACGAGCUGGCGGACGCCACCCGCUCCGGGGAAUCAUUGGCUCCGGAGAAUGAGGACGCGCAAGCUGAAUCUGCUCCUCAGGUCACCGAAGGGACCGUGGCUGUCUCGAAGAAGAAGAAGAAGAAGAAGAAAAAGAGGAGUUGUCCUGACAAAGUCUCUUUUUCCUAUGAUCGCGAUGUCCCCCUAGCGCACGACGAACAGGAGUGCGGUCGUUUGGUUCGUCAAUUUAGGGGAGAUCGGGGUGAGCUGCCGCCGGUCGAGGAUCUGAUCUUCAAGGAAGAGUACAACUUUGCAUCUCGUACCUCCAUCAUGAGUCACGGGGACUGGAACAUUUUAGUCAGGAAGUAUGACGAAGAGCUAAAGGGGGCCUUUGAGAUGGUUCGUAAGCAGAAGGGACUCAGCAGGCGCGCGACCCGGGCUCUGAACAAUUCAGUUUGUGAAAAGAACGAGGCGGUUGCUCGGGAGGAAGAGUUGAAGAAGGAACUUGACGAGCAGCGAGCGAUCAUGGCGACCGAACUGGCGUCUGCCCGGGAGUUGGUGAAGCGGGCUGAGGAAGAGAAAGCCCAGAUGCGGAAGAGGAACGCUGAGCUGCAGGGCAAGAACACGACCCUUGAGAAAGAGGUGGUUGCUGCGUCCUUAGAGUAUUCCAAGCAGAUGGAUCGCCUGAGGGAGUCUCGUAAGCUUGAGGUCACCCAUGAACGAAUCCGUGUAAUGGCGGCGAUGACCGGGAAAUGUGCCCGACGGUUCAGGAAUAUUCAGGAUCGGGAGAAGCGUCGUGACGAGUUCGAGGACGCGCGGUGCAUGCUCGGCCAAGCGCGCGGAAUGCGAGACUGCCUCGAGGCCUUGAGGGAAUCGGGAAAGGAUAUCCCGCAGGAGACCAUUGAUACGUACUCCGAUUUGGAGAAGUAUUAUGAAGGGGAGACGGUUCGCCUGGAAGUAGGCGCGAUUCCGGACUCGGAUCUGACCUUAUCCCCUUUGGUGCUGGAAUCCCGGUUCGUGAUCGAGGAAAUUCUGGAGAAGGUCGACAAACACGGGUCGAAUCUCGAACUGAUAGACUCCGACGCUGCGAGAGCGCUCCGAUCCCCGAGUGACGGAUUUAUUAGGGAUUUCCUCGACACGGUACAAUCUCCUGCUCGUCCCGACGCCGCCGGCGUCCCGGAGAGGUUGGUCACGAUUUCCGACAGCUCGUCUCUCGGAACCUCCGAUCCUGAUGCGAGCGAAGGCCUCUCGGAUCCGAACCGCAAGAUCAGCCUGGUCUCUCCGCCGAGCAAGGGUCAAGGCGCCGGCGAGAUUCCUCCCGUGAAGCCGUUCGGUCGCGUCUCCAACUCGGACGCUCCUGAGAAGAAAGAUCCCCCUGCCGAGGGAUGA